UACACUGUAUCUCUCCUGCAGCCAGACUGUUGAUCUCCUCAUGCAAGAGUCAGGAUGUCGUUUAGAACAUCCUUCAGCUACCAAAUUCCGCAAUCAUGUCAUGGAAGGAGAAUGGGAUAAGGCUGAGAACGACCUGAAUGAACUUAAGGCCUUAGUGCAUUCUCCGCAUGCAAUUGUGAGGAUGAAGUUUUUGCUGCUGCAGCAGAAGUACCUGGAAUACCUGGAGGAUGGCAAGGUCCUGGAGGCACUUCAGGUUCUACGCUGUGAACUGACGCCUCUGAAAUAUAAUACAGAACGCAUUCAUGUCCUCAGUGGGUACCUGAUGUGUAGCCAUGCAGAAGACUUGCGUGCAAAAGCAGAGUGGGAAGGGAAAGGAACAGCUUCCAGAUCUAAACUUUUGGACAAACUCCAGACCUACCUACCCCCAUCAGUGAUGCUUCCUCCGAGGCGUUUACAGAACCUGCUCCGCCAGGCUGUGGAACUCCAACGGGACCGGUGCCUAUAUCACAACACCAAACUAGACAGCAAUCUAGAUUCUGUCUCGCUGCUAAUAGAUCACGUUUGUAGUAGGAAACAGUUCCCAUGCUAUACCCAACAGAUCCUAACGGAGCACUGUAAUGAAGUGUGGUUCUGUAAAUUCUCCAACGACGGCACUAAAUUAGCAACAGGAUCUAAGGACACAACUGUUAUUAUAUGGCAGGUUGAUCCAGACACUCACCAGCUAAAACUACUUAAGACGUUAGAAGGUCACGCGUACGGGGUCUCCUACAUUGCCUGGAGUCCAGAUGACAACUACCUUGUUGCCUGUGGCCCAGAUGAUUGUUCUGAGCUUUGGCUCUGGAAUGUACAAACUGGGGAGCUGAGGACAAAGAUGAGCCAGUCUCAUGAAGACAGUUUAACAAGCGUGGCCUGGAAUCCUGAUGGGAAGCGUUUUGUAACGGGAGGACAGCGUGGACAGUUCUAUCAGUGUGAUUUAGAUGGUAAUCUCCUCGACUCCUGGGAAGGGGUGAGAGUACAAUGCCUUUGGUGCUUGAGUGAUGGGAAAACUGUUCUAGCAUCAGACACACACCAGCGAAUUCGGGGUUAUAACUUCGAGGAUCUCACAGACAGGAACAUAGUACAAGAGGAUCACCCUAUUAUGUCGUUUACUAUUUCAAAAAAUGGCCGUUUAGCUUUGUUAAAUGUAGCAACUCAGGGAGUUCACUUAUGGGACUUACAAGACAGAGUUUUAGUGAGAAAGUAUCAAGGUGUUACACAAGGAUUUUACACAAUUCACUCGUGUUUUGGAGGUCAUAAUGAAGAUUUCAUUGCGAGUGGCAGUGAAGAUCACAAGGUGUACAUCUGGCACAAGCGCAGCGAGCUGCCCAUCGCGGAGCUGACGGGGCACACGCGCACGGUGAACUGCGUGAGCUGGAACCCGCAGAUCCCGGCCAUGAUGGCCAGCGCCUCCGACGACGGCACUGUUAGGAUAUGGGGACCAGCGCCUUUCGUAGACAACCAGGAUAUUGAAGAGGAAUGCAGUAGCAUGGAUAGUUGAUGGCGAAUUUGGAGCAGACGACUUCAGUUUAACUUAAUUAGUCGUAUUUUAAAUGGCUUGGGAUUUGGUGCAAACAAACAUGAUUGAUAGCUGGACAGACAUGCUCGUCAUGAAAAAGAACCAUUUCUGAAGCCCGGUUGGGGCCAAACAUUUACCACCUUUGCUUCAUAGUAACCAGUUGAGAUGAAGCACGUCUUUAGAACUUUGUUGGACACCGUGUUGAAAUUACCCCCCCAUCGGUUGUGAAGAACUGUGCUACAUUCAGGCUAACCAUUGAACUCAGUAUAUAUAUUUUUCCCUCCUGCCUUUUUGUCUGGCAGGCUACUGUUCUUGUUGCUCUUCUGUGUAAUGAAGUUUAAAUGCUUGUUUGGAACACUUUAUUUAACAGUUUAGAAGGCUUGAUAGAAAGAGUGCUUUAGUCUGAAGAGUAUACAUUGGAUAGGAAAGUAUUUCCUUCUCUUGUUUCUCAAGUCUCUCUCCGCCUUACUUAGCUUGAGAUCUUUGCAGCUUGGUUCAUGGAUUCUAGCCUUGCCCGUUGCGCAGUAUAUCUAUCAAUUGAGAGGAUAAACCAAUGAACUAUGUCAAAAGCACUCUCAGUAUCACAUUUGACAAAAAGUUUUGUACUUUUCACAUAGCUCGUUGCCCUGCAAAGGGGUUAACAGCACAAUUUUUUAAAAAUAAAUUAUUUAUAGGAUUAAAAUGACUUCAUUUGUAUACAUUUGGAAUUAAAACAAUGCAAGAAGUGUUGUGAAACACGGUAUCACUGAUGCUUUUCUGGAGUGUCCUGAGACCCAAUCAAAAGCAGUGGCUGGAAGGAGAUUUAUGUAGGCAGUAAAGCUUGUUUCAGAUGGAGGAAUUCCCUGUCCAUCUUAACAGAUAAACUGUAUUAGUUAGAAAAAAAAAAAAGCAUUCAGACUGCACCACCAGUCUCAGAGUUGAAACAAGAAGAGGUCUUUUUGGUUUUUUUCAUUACAUAAAUAUAUGCAACAAUGCUGGUGUAAAAAGUAGAUUACACUUUGAGGGAAGAAUGUGUUGAAAGAGUCCUUUCUUCACAAAGUCAACACUUUGUAUAAGUAAUUUACGUACAAAUCAUAAUUAAACACUUGUAUUAUGAUGGAAAUUUUUUCUUUAUUUGAUAAACAAGGGUGGACAGAUUUUGUUGUUGAGAAUAUACUUUUAAGUUUGCAGAUUUAAAUGCCUCUCCCAGACGUUAUUGCAAGCUGGUGCCGUGAACAUCUUGACACAUCUAGGAGUAGUUCCACUAAUGUCCCGUGUUAAGAAAAAACAAAGACUUUUAUAAUUUAAAUAUUUAUUCUUUUUGACAUAAACAGAUUGCCUGGCAUCUCUGUGCUUCUGCACUACACACAAAUCCAUUAUGAGAUGGCACUGGAUUCCCUUUUGCCACCUUGGGUGGAAAGGUAGUGUUGGUACUGCUGCAAAGUAAAGAAGGAGCAGGGAAGGUCAUGCCACCAGGAGUCACUUGAGCAGAAGUGUGGACUUCAUCCUUUCAUGAGAUAAUGAUUUAGAGUCCUUAUUAGUUAUGUGUGGAAGAAGGGUGGGGGAAGGUUUGCUGGAGUUCCUGGGAAGAGAGGUAUAGCCACUUUGAUGAAUGGGAGUGUGGUGUUUCCCAGAAAAACAAAGGUUAGCAGGUUAGAUUUUUUUCUUCUUUUCGAUUCCAGCCAUCCGGUGGUGUGUGUUUGUCUUGCCUUGCGUGCAGACUUUAAGCAUGAGCUAAGAUUCUGGUACUGUGGUUGAGACCAGCCCCGAAUCUGACAUAUGAGUCUUCUAAUACCUCCAAAACCAGGUAGGAACUUAAUGUUCAGCCUUAAAACUAAGGUGAAUUCUUUGAUAGCAAUUACUGCUUCACAGCACUGAGAAUACAUGUGUAAACUUAAGAUUAUACAUCCAUUCCUUCUUCCUUUAAUCACUUCUGGAGGAAGCUUUUUCUUUCCCUUCUUAGUUCAGACAGUGUAAGGUGAGUCAGGUCUGGCCUUAAUGUUGCAGGAAAACAGAAAAGUUCCCAUGGUCAAAUUUGAGUAAGCUAAACCUUGGGGGUUUAGGAAAUUAAUUCCUAAAUUGUAAUCAGUAAAUUGUAAAAGUGUUUUGCAUGUUCAAAACAUGGUAUAAUUCAUAAGCAAUGCCAGCAUGUGAACCUUUGGAAGUUACUCUAGUAUCGUUUUACUCUGGAACUUAAGUUUUCAAGCCAAACAUUAUUUAGGAAGAGUAAGGAAAAUAAUGGUUUUGAUGUCUCAUACAAUGGUCUGUCACUAUGUACUCAUGGAAAUAAAGUGGGAGCUUUAGGCAGGUGGUGAAGGUUGGAUCAAAUCUCAAGUGUAGACUUAGUCUCAUAUGCACUUCAGGCAUUUCUAAUGUGGAGGCCAUGACUAACCAGAGUGAGACUCCUUCCCUGGUACAGCUGGGGCGGUGCGUGGGCUGAUGCCUGCUAUCCACGGCAGUGCAAUUAGGAAUUUAAACCUAACAUAGGACUGCUGCCAAAAUACUGCCCCUCUCUGCUGGACUUGGUUUGUCCCUCUGAAGGACACUUGAGAUAUUCAGAAGCUGAGUUAGGGAGAAGCAGGUGUGGGAUCUCUCUCCCUUAGUGUCCUGGUGCAGCCAUGCCAUGUAAAGGCAAGCUCCAAGCAGGUGGCACUGCUUCCAAUGUCUCAGUGACAGCCUGUUUGCAUCUCGUGGGCCAUGAGCAGGCAGGACAGAAAGGUGAGAUUAAUCUUCAUUUUGCCACACUACUCAGUCCCACAGCAGCUGCCAUUAGAGAUGUAGCAAUGAGAACCAUCCCAACCUGGAGAUGAAAGAGCAACCUAAACUAUUUCCAACACAUUGGAUAUUCAUACUAUGUGGAUUGAAAAGUACCAAUACUUUUUGUGCACAGACAAUAAAAUGAGACUGGGGUGGGGUGGGGGGGGUGGAAACCCAAAUCAGUUUGCUCAUUUGUAGCAUGUUGAUUUCCAUGUGCUUAAAAAUGUUUAUAGGCUGGAGUGUAAGGCUGGAACAAGUACACACCCACAAUAAAUAACUGUAUUUCCAGUCAGCAGGCCCAUGGUUUUAGAAAAAAA